AUGAGUUUAAUCGAAAAAGAUUAUGAAUUGUCCGGUGGUAAGGAUUAUAAUUCGACACUUCAACCAUCAUCGAAACUCUUAUGGCGUACUGUUAACGGUGUUGCCUGUCUAUUUUUCCUUUUGGCUGCUUACGUUAAUUUAAACGAUGACGAUUGGUAUCUUUGGAUAUUUAUUUAUUUAUCGACCGCAUUUUUUCUUCUUAUUGAAACGCUUGAUUAUCAAACAUUGUACGAUACAUUCUAUUACUAUUGUUUGAAUGCAUUUGUUUUCUUUCUAUUCAUUGCUUAUGGUUGUAGUUUAUUGAUACCAUCAACACCACCAACAAAACAACGAAAUAAAUCAAAAGAAUGGUUUCUUCAUCGUGAAGAAGAACGUGAAAUGAGUGGAUUAGCUCUUGCAAGCGGUUGGCUCUUAUUAAUAUUCUGCCGACGAAGACAUUUUUACCAGUCAACAUAUUUGUUGUCAAUCAUGGCUAUUGUAUUAACACUGGUGCCAAUCGCCAUGUGGUCAGUUUGCUUUGUUGGCGAUUGGUCUCAAUAUUUUCCACAGUGUAAAGAUAUGUUUGCUGUUUCAUUUAUUCUCUACUAUCUAGCAUUGUAUGUUCUGAGUGAUAGCCAAGUAUUUCGUUUGAAAUAUGGCUUAUAUAAUGUGGAAAAUAAACAUUUCCUACAUAUUAACGGACCCUAUAUUGUUGUCGCCAAUCAUCAAUCGAGUAUUGAUUUUAUUGGUAUGAUGAAUAUAUGGACAGACGACAUUAAAUAUUGUUCAGUUCUAGCUAAAAAAGAAUUACUUUAUGCUGGACCAUUUGGAAUAUCUGCAUGGCUUGCUGGUGUAGAAUUUGUCAAUAGAAUGAAUUCUGAACAAGCCGCAAAAACAAUGAAAAAUAUGAUGGAAAAAAUUAAAUUAAAAAGUCUGAGAUUAUGGAUAUUUCCAGAAGGAACGCGGAAUAUGGAAAAUGAAUUUCGUCCAUUUAAAUCGGGAGCAUUUCGUUUAGCAAUACAGGGACAAAUUCCAAUCGUUCCUGUGGUUUUUUCAUCUUAUAAAGAAAUUUAUAAUGCCAAUAAACCCAAUUUGUUUUGGAAAAAUGGUGUGGUGACAAUUAAAUGUCUCAAACCUAUUGACACAAAAAAUAUGACCAUGGGCGAUUUUCCACAAUUAACCAGUACAGUGAGAGAAAAAAUGAUGAAAGAGUUUAAAGCAUUGAAAACUGUGCCAGAUGUUUGA